AUUUGAAUCAAUUCAUACGCGCGUACUAUGAACACAUGAGGUUCACUGCUUACAUUUUUUCUAUAUACUCUAUGCCAUGACUUCGGUGGAUUCUAAGGUUUUACAUAAUAACGAGGCUGUCCACAAUUGUUUGUCAAAAAUACCUAGUAAGUUAUUACCUCAAACCACCUUUAUGAAAAUGUUAAUAACAUACUAAUGUUCAUCUCUUCUUUUUUUAUUACAUGAUUACUUAGGGACCCAGUUCUAUGUCUAACGAAUGGAAUAACAGGUUAGUUUCAUGUGUCUUAUUCUAUUCAGAUAAUAUGUAAACUGGUUCAUGUUAUUUAUCUAUGUACUUACUAGAAAAAUUUGAUUUCAUAUGAAUUCUAAAAGAAGCAAAAUAGAGUCAUCGGAAACUCCGGCAGUUGACCGUCAUAAUACUGCAGAUGAUGACAAAGGUUCGGGUAUGGUUCGUCCGCCUCUACCCAGCCGGGAUGCCACUUCGGAAUCAUUUUCACGACAUAGUCAAUUUGAUGAAUUACACGAAAGGGAUGAUAAACAAGAAGUUGUUUGGGUUGAAGUUAUUAACUGUGAAAAUUCCUCUCCCUUACGAAUUGCCUAUUCAAAUGUAAAGUCUAUUGGAAGUGGUUCCUUCGGCGUUGUCUAUUCCGCCACACUCGGUGAUAAUCGUGAAGUAGCGAUUAAAAAAGUUUUACAAGACAAAAGAUAUAAAAAUCGUGAACUACAAAUACUUCGAUUAUUACAUCAUACUAAUAUUGUAUCAUUGUAUUAUUAUUUUUAUUCAACCUCGUCAUCGAAACCUGGUGAAACUUAUUUAAACUUAAUACAAGAGUAUGUACCGCAAACGCUUAGUCGUCUUAUCAGACAUUAUUGGCGAAUUCGACAGUCAAUACCCUUGGUAUACGUUAAGUUGUACAGUUUUCAACUUCUACGUGGAUUAGCCUAUAUGCAUAAUCAAGGCAUAUGUCAUCGAGAUAUUAAACCACAGAAUUUGUUAAUCAAUCCAGAUGAAGGUGUACUGAAAAUUUGUGAUUUUGGAAGUGCUAAGGCGUUGAAUCCUGAAGAACCCAAUGUCUCCUACAUUUGUUCACGAUAUUAUCGAGCGCCAGAGUUGAUUUUUGGAGCUACUCAUUAUACUGUACAAAUAGAUAUGUGGUCAGCUGGUUGUGUUAUCGGUGAAUUGUUGCUUGGACGACCACUUUUUCCAGGUGAAUCUGGAGUAGAUCAACUAGUUGAAAUUAUCAAAGUACUCGGUACACCAACACGUGAACAAGUUCUAGAAAUGAAUCCCCAGUAUAGUGAAUUCAAAUUUCCAAAUAUUCAAGGUUGUUCAUGGGAAAAGUUAAUUCGUAAUCGUAGUGCAGAUACAGCCUUCUGUGUAUUAGAGAAAUUAUUAGUCUACAGCCCUAAAACACGUAUGACUGCUUCGGAUAUCUUGGGGUGUAGUUUCUUCAGUGAUUUAAUCUCACCACCACCUGGACAUCCAGCUGAUGCAACCGGUCAUCUACCAAGUGGUAAACCAGCGCCAAGUUUUAUAAAUCAAUUCACUGAAGAAGAACUGUCCUAUUUUCCAAAAGAAAUGUCAACUCGACUUAGAGCAUAUAAAAAUGCUAUUGCAACAAAAAGUCAUUCUGUUGUAAAUCUUUCCACGCUAGACAAAUCUGAAGCAAAUAAUCCAAAGAACAAGGGUUCUUGUUCUUCCUCGUCGUCAUCAGCAGUAGCAGUUGGCGGCAGUGUUAAGUCUGGACGAAUGCGUAUUCAAAAUUCCAACACUUCAUCGCAUGAUACACUUAUCCCUCCACGAUUUUCUCUACAAUUACCAAAAGGCAGUAGUCGAAAAACUCAAAGAGCAUCAGUGAGUAGUGGUGUUAACUUUAGUCGUAAUGAUGUUCUCCGGUCAAGUUCUGGUAAUCCAUAUCAUCCGAGGAUAAUGACUACAUCAGUUAGUGAAAAUCGUCCAAUCCAUGUUGGAAGACGUCAAUCUCAAGGUUCUAUUGCAGCUGAGAAUUCAAAAAAUAAUCCACUACGUGAAUCACAACCGUAUCUUUCAUCGCAUCCGACUAAUCUUCGAUCUUCGAAUGGUCAUAAUCGUAACAGUAAUGUGAUGAUGGAUAAUAGUCGGGAGAAUACUCUGCUAAAUAAACUGAGGAUUAAAAAAAACUUCAUCAGUGUUCACAAGCCUCUACCGCCGGGAAUUCAACGGCGUCGUCUUCACUGAAAGAAAAACACAACAACAACAAACAAAACAGGUUGGUGUAUCUUGUACAGAAAAACACACACAGUAGAGCGUCCAAGUUUCUAUCUCCAUUAUAACUCUAAUGGGUAUUACUCCUACUCCUACUCCUUCUAUUACUAUUGCUCCUAUUGUAAAUCAUUUCAAUAUUAAAACCGAAUUGUUCUGUCCUUCUCCUCCUCCUUCGUCGCCGUCGUUGUCGUUGUUGUGAUCACUAUCGUCACCAAAGGCGUGCUUCAUUGAUAAAACCACUGCCUGUAAUACGUUUGUUUAUGUGUGUGUGUAUGUAUGUAUGUUUGUACAUGCAUUGGAUCCAACGCAUUUAACGGCAUGCACAAACACACACACACACUCUGUCACUCUCUCACGCAUUACUUCUUCAUUAUUUCUCAUAUAUAUUGUUAAAACUUUCCUCUUUCCCCUCCUCACUCUCUCCCUGUCUGCUGCACUCUUGUAUUUCUGUUGUCGCCAUCUCCGUCACCGUUUGAUUUUCCAUCUUUUGUCAUUGGUAAUCUAAUAAUGUACAUAAUCCUACUUAUUGUAUGAAUACUACUGCUUCCUCUACACCUUCUUUCUAUCUUUCGCUGCCAGUACUACUAACAACGAUAAUAACAGUAGUACUAGUAGUUGCUGUUGUUGUUGUUUCACUGGUGUGACAGUAUUAUUCUGCUCAAGUAAUAAUCGUAUAAAAAAGUGAUAAUACCGGAUUUUGUCAUCAUUUUUGUCAUUUCUUUUUUCUUCUUGAAUUUCCAUUCAUUUUUUCCCCAAUGAUUUAUUUCAUUUUCUCUGAUAAUUUAUUUAUUGAUUAAUUAAUUAAUUAACUGGAUUAUCGAAAUUCUUGAAACCGGUGGGCGUGUGUGUAUAUUUGCGCGCGCGCGCGCCUUUACGUUUGAAUUGGCGCGUUUUCCUCUUUUCACCUUGACAGCAAAAAGCAAAUAUCGAUCUGUGAUGGUGACAUGAAGUAUGCCUACCUACUUUAUCAAAGCCCUAUUAUAUAUUUUUAUUAUUUACUAUUACUAAGGAGUGAUAAAUACUACUGUUUAUAGUAAUAGUAAUGGUAGUAUCAGUAUCAGUGAUUUUAUGCAAAUCUCAUUUUGUGUAGCAAGUUGGGUGUGUAUGCGUGUUGCUCUACGGUGUAGGUAUAACCAUUUUAUAAAUGUGUUGUGUCUUUUCUGUUGUACAACUAACAACUGCAUUUUACUUUAUUUUUUUUGUUCGAACCCCGGCAAGCCCACCAAACAGCUCCGACAUGCGUAUCUUUCUUUCAAUGUGUUCAUUUGUUCUGCUGAAUCUCAAAUUUUGUCUUUUAUUCUUCUUCUUCUGAUACUGUCUCAAUAAUUUGUUUGUUUUUUCAUUUUUUGCUUGUUUUUUUUCACCUGUGUAUGUCGAUAGUAUUUUUAAUUUUAAUUUAUUUUGUGGAGUUUUUCUCCUCUUUCUUUUGUUGUUUUGAUUAUUUUGACUAUUUCGAUCUAUCUUCUAUAUUGACGACAACUCCUUUGCUCGCAUGCAAUGCCAUGCCAUGCCGUGUCAUACGAUGUGGACAUCUUCAUGCAUUCAAGCUGUGUGAUCAACUUCGAUCUGUUAUUAAUUUCAUUACUAUUAUUUAAUAUUAUUAUUGUUAUUAUUAUUAACCGACGUGUGAUGUCUGAUUUAAUUUUGAUUUCUGACUUGUAUUCAUGACUUUAUAUUUUCUAUGAAUGGAACAAAGCUUCAGUCUCCUUUUUCUCUCUCUUGAUUUUCCCAUUUUUGUAUAAAAUAAUAAUAAUAAUAAAAGUAAUAUGACGUAAUGAGAUCUGAAGGAUUCUUCCACCUGCCAAAGAUCGAUAUAUACAUAUAUGUAUGUAUGUAAGUAUGCAUGCACGUUCUGUAGUGUCGCUUCUUUAUUUAUUUUCGUCAUUUGCGUCUGGUUUUUCAC